AGGAAGGACCAUCAUGUGCAGGUUUAAUCAUCUUAUGAUGCUCAGAACUAUAUAAGAGCUGAUGGGAGAGUAUGUGUUGACAGAGAGCCGCAAUCUGACCACCUCGACACAUAUAGGGACAGAAACAGAAGACCAGCAGAUCAUCAUCAAUUCAGUGCGCUUGCUAUUGGUCUUGUGAAUAUGGAUGUCUCCAAGCCUAAAGCGAGCAGCAAGGUUGCCACACGGGCCAUGGCGCCCGGCAGUCCCCACAAGGGCCCGCCCAAGUUCAAACAGAGGUCAACACGGCAGUUCAAGAGCAAGCCACCCAAAAAGGGUGUCAUUGGAUUUGGUGAAGAAAUUCCUGGAAUGGAAGGAUUGGGAACUGACUUCAACGUGAUCUGUCCGUGGGAGGCAUACAGUCACCUGGAGUUACAUGAGCUGGCCCAGUAUGGCAUUAUAUGAGGUCAUUUCCUGUUCCCACAUCCCACUGAACAACAUCCUGCACCUUAAUACAUCUUUUAAAUAUUAAUAUUCAUACAGCAAUAUCUUUGGUUGAUGUUUGGUUAAAUAAAUCAGCAAUAAUGAACUGGAUGUUAGUUAAUCUACCUCUUAAAACUGAAAUUUCUUGUAGAACUAGAUUAAUUUCACUCUGUCGCCAAUGCUAAUUUCAGAUAACCUUUUCAUACUCUGUUUUUACUUUAUUAUUUUACGUGUUAUAGUAUUGUCAUAUUGACAUGCAAUGGCCAUUUUAGGUGUCAGAUUUUACUUCCUUAUAACCCUGCAAACAUCAUCUUAGGUUACUAAAGGUAGCAUGAGUUGUGGAUUUUUGUGCUUUCAUUUUGUCAAAUUGCAAAUGUUCAAAAUGAGUUUGGAUUAUGUGGGGUCUCAGUGUUUGCCCAUAACGCGAGUACUGGGAGCAGCUCUCUGUGAGAGCUCGGCCCAGUUUAUUGGCCUUAUGAUGCUGGAGAGCCAUAAAAGAAUGAGUCCGUCUCAUUCCCGGCAGCGCAGAAAAGGUUUGGAUAUAUAAUAAAGUCUGAUUAUUUUCAUA